UCCCUACCAAGUUCAGCGCCAAUCACCGCUGAACCACUUUGAUGUACAUUUGAGCUGACAUAAAUUCUGUGAUCAUGACUCAUGAGAAUAUUGACACCAUUACAACUGACACUGAGAAAAUUAAUUGCAAAAGGAGAAGUAUAAUAAGCAGAAGCCAACUGCCCAAGUCAGUCAAUAGUGGCCAAUAUGACUUAGUCAUGUUUCUGAUUUUUCCAAUUCUUCAUUGAUAUCUAUUCAUUGUAGGGACGUACAAAAUUUCUUUGCAUAUAAACUUCACAAUUGGAAGAGUAGAGUUAUGAAACCUAUCAUAUACUCAUUUUACAUUUUUUCAGUAAUCCUCUUCCAAUAAGCUCUCAAGGAGAGUUUUCCGCCCAUUUGGAACCCGCAAGGUUCGAGGGAUUAGUGUCUGAAGUUGCGCGCAGAGGAUACCAGGUUUACGCCAAAAAAAAUAAACUCAACAAUAUCAUAUAUUUACUGAUUUGUCUUGUUCAUCAUGCAAACCUAUCUUCAAUUCUUGGCAUCAGUUUUGGUGUUCCUCUUUGUUCCAGUUUUAUCCCAACUUGACCAGCUCAUGUAUGCAGGAUUCAAGGAUGUUGGUCCCAACAAUCUAACCUUGGAUGGAACUGCAGUGAUAGAGAAAAAUGGAAUAAUAAGAUUAACAAAUGAAACAAACAGAAUAAUGAGUCACGCUUUUUACUCUUCACCUUUUCAGCUAAAGAACUCAACAACUGGUAAAGCUUUUUCCUUUUCUUCAUCUUUUGCUUUUGCUGUUGUUUCUGAGUUUCCUAAAUUUGGUGGUCAUGGCAUGGCUUUCACAAUAGCACCUUCUAAGCAUCUCAAAGGUUUACCUAUUCAGUAUCUUGGUCUUCUCAAUUCAAGUAGUGUUGGUAAUUUCUCUAACCAUCUUUUUGCUGUUGAGUUGGACACUGCCAAAGACUUAGAUUUUGGUGAUAUCAAUGAUAACCAUGUUGGAAUAGACAUCAAUACUUUGAAGUCAAAUGCAUCUGUUACUGCUGGUUAUUACACUACUGAUUCAACCAAACAAGAUAUUAAUAUCAAAAGUGGAAAACCAAUUCUUGUUUGGGUUGAUUAUGAUUCUUCAGUGAAUCUUGUUAGUGUUACACUUUCUCCAACUUCAAUUAAACCUAAAACACCAAUCUUGUCCUUACAUAUGGAUCUAUCACCUAUUCUUCUUGAUAAUAUGUAUGUUGGAUUCUCUGCAUCGACCGGUAUGCUUGCUAGCUCUCAUUACUUAUUGGGUUGGAGCUUUAAAAUCAACGGUCCAGCCCCACGUCUUGAUUUGUCUUCACUACCUCAACCUCCGCAACCAAAGAAGAAGCACAUGUCUUUGAUAUUCAUAACUGGUAUUUCACUUACAGCUUCUGUUAUUGUAUUGUGUUUUGUUGUAUUUGGUAUUUACCUUUUCAGAAAAAUCAAGAAUGCUGAUGUAAUAGAAGCAUGGGAGCUUCAAAUUGGACCACAUAGAUACUCUUAUCAAGAGCUCAAGAAAGCUACAAAAGGUUUCAAGGAGAAAGAGCUACUUGGACAGGGUGGUUUCGGAAGAGUUUAUAAAGGGACGUUGCCGAAAUCAAAGAUCCAAGUAGCUGUUAAGAGAGUUUCACAUGAAUCAAAACAAGGGCUGAGAGAAUUUGUGUCUGAAAUCUCAAGCUUAGGACGGCUUUGCCACCGGAAUUUGGUUCAGUUACUCGGUUGGUGUCGCCGCAGAGGCGACCUUUUACUUGUUUACGAUUUCAUGGCUAAUGGAAGCUUAGACAAGUACUUGUUUGAUGAUGCAGAAAUUGUGCUAAGUUGGGAGCAAAGGUUUAAAAUAAUAAAGGAUGUUGCUUCAGGUCUUUCAUUUCUGCAUGAAGGCUAUGAACAAGUGGUAAUACACAGAGAUGUUAAGGCUAGUAAUGUCUUGUUGGAUUUUGAACUCAAUGGAAAAUUAGGUGAUUUUGGUUUAGCAAGGUUGUAUGAACAUGGUGCUAAUCCCGGCACAACGAGAGUGGUGGGAACAUUAGGCUAUUUGGCGCCGGAGUUGCCUAGAACAGGAAAGGCAUCUACGAGCUCCGACGUUUUUGCAUUUGGUGCACUUCUGCUCGAGGUUGCUUGCGGAAGAAGGCCUAUUGAGCCAAAGGCCUUAGAACAAGAGUUGGUGUUGGUUGAAUGGGUGUGGGAAAAGUAUAAACAAGGAAUGUUACUUGAAGUAGUGGAUCCUAAAUUAAAUGGUAGUUUUGAUGAAUGUGAGGUUAUAAUGGUGUUGAAAUUGGGGAUGAUUUGUUCAAAUGAUAUGCCAACUAUAAGGCCUAGCAUGAGACAAGUAGUAAUGAUUUUGGAUGGAGAAGUUGAGUUGCCAAAUGAAUUAAGAAAGCCAGGAAUUAUUGAUUCACAAGAGGGGUUUGAUGAAUUCUUGCAUUCUAUUGGAACUUCUUCAUUUGAUAAGACAAGUUCAAGCUCAUAUCUUGGAAAUAGAGAUGUGAAUACUAAUACUAGUUCUAUCUCUUUUGCUAAUUCACCUUAAUCACUUGUGGUAUUAUAAAAUACUUGUGAUUUGGUUACCAUAUUUAGUAUUUAGGUGAUCAAUAUAGAAUAAAAAUGUUUAGAAAUUUUUUUAAAAUAUUAUUAAAUUACAAGUAAAAUUAUUGAAGUGUAA